AAUAACCUUGCCUUCACCGUCUCUGCGUUCGUCUUGGUGCAGCCAGUGCAGCAGGAUGCCGGAGCCUUCCCGCUCCACUCCAGCCCCCAAGAAGGGGUCCAAGAAAGCCAUUACCAAAGCGCAGAAGAAAGACGGCAAAAAACGCAAACGGGGCCGCAAGGAGAGCUACUCCAUCUAUGUGUACAAGGUGCUGAAGCAGGUGCACCCCGACACCGGCAUCUCCUCCAAGGCCAUGGGCAUCAUGAACUCGUUCGUCAACGACAUUUUCGAGCGCAUCGCCAGCGAGGCCUCCCGCCUGGCGCAUUACAACAAGCGUUCGACCAUCACGUCCCGCGAGGUGCAGACGGCCGUGCGUCUGCUGCUGCCCGGGGAGCUGGCCAAGCACGCCGUGUCCGAGGGCACCAAGGCUGUCACCAAGUACACCAGCUCCAAGUGAGGCGCGGCGCGGGCGCCACCAACCCAAAGGCUCUUUUCAGAGCCACCUUCCAAUCUCAAAAAAGGAGCGUGCUACCUGAUGUGAUUAGGAUCUGUCAUUCACUUGAUGUGCAUUAGGAUGGGGCGGGGGUAGGUGCUGGACAUUGUGACUCUUGAGGUAAUACACGCCUUGUUUAUAAUACAUUAAUAAAGAAAUUGGUCUGGUUUAAUUUUGGCCACAGAGAA